AUGGCCUUUCCAGAUCUAUCUUCAGCGAAUCUUUUGACAGUCAACGAAGUUACCAACGAAAAGUUCGAGGUAGUUGAUGCUGAGGGUGGAACACUCUUACUAGAUAACAGACGGAUAUGUGAAUCAGCAAAACAUCGUAUUCCUGGAUUUGCUCAGGGUAGUGGCUCAUAUUCAUCAGGUAUUCACCAUAUUCGAUUUAAAAUACUUCGUGGCUUUUUAUUUGUUGGCAUUCGUUCACGAAAUCAACCAGUUCAAGUGGAUUUCUCCGGUGAAAACACCCAGUAUCUUAACAGCAGCUGCAUAUGUGGUUGGUACAAUAACAGACACAGUGUAGUUCAUGGUACACCAAAAAAAACAGAUCUGAAAAUGUUUGCUAAUGCCAAUGAUAUCUACGUGUUGACAUUAAACUGUGAUGAACGACGAUUAAGUAUAACAUUACCAAAUGGCCCACAACACGAUGAAAUAGAAGUUGAUCUUCUUCGUACGCCUCUCCCCUGGCGUUUUUGUGUUAUGCUUACUCGUCUCGGUGGUUGCUUAUCAUUAGAAUAA